AUGAAGAACACCACCACCCAAACUCUCCUCCUCCUCUUCCUCUUCUUCUUCUUCUCCGCUACUAUCUCUCAUUCUCUUUCACUCUCAUCCAAUGCUCCUCUCUCCGCCAACGAAGUCCGAUUCAUCCAGGGCCGGCAACUUCUCUACUACCGAGACGAGUUCGGCGACCGCGGGGAGAAAGUCACCGUCGAUCCAUCUCUAGUCUUCGAGAAUCCGAGACUCCGAAGUGCUUACAUAGCUCUCCAAGCUUGGAAACAGGCGAUUCUCUCUGAUCCCAGAAAUAUCACUCUAAACUGGAUCGGAUCCAAUGUCUGUAACUACACCGGAGUUUUCUGCUCACGCGCGCCGGAUAAUCGCCGGAUCCGUACAGUCGCCGGAAUAGAUCUCAAUCACGCCGAUAUCGCUGGGUAUUUGCCUGAGGAGCUUGGUUUGUUGACAGAUCUCGCUUUGUUCCAUGUCAAUUCGAAUCGUUUCUGUGGGACGGUUCCGCACCGGUUUAAGCAGCUGAAACUUCUGUUCGAGCUCGAUCUCAGCAACAAUAGAUUCGCCGGGAAGUUCCCGACGGUGGUUCUGCAGUUGCCGUCGCUGAAGUUCUUAGAUCUCCGGUUCAACGAGUUCGAAGGUACCGUACCGAAAGAGCUUUUCAGUAAACAUUUGGACGCGAUUUUCAUUAACCAUAACCGGUUCCGGUUUGAGUUACCGGAAAAUUUCGGAGAUUCGCCGGUUUCGGUUAUUGUACUUGCGAACAAUCGGUUCCAUGGUUGUAUUCCGACGAGUUUGGUGAAGAUGAAGAAUCUGGAGGAGAUCAUCUUCAUGAACAAUGGGUUGAAUUCUUGUUUACCGGCGGAUAUUGGGCGGUUGAAAAACGUGACGGUGUUCGAUGUUAGCUUCAACGAGCUUGUUGGUCCGUUGCCGGUGAGUGUUGGCGGGAUGGUUUCGGUUGAGCAGUUGAAUGUGGCUCAUAAUCGAUUAUCCGGGAAGAUUCCGGCGAGUAUCUGCCAGCUUCCGAAGCUUGAGAAUUUCACUUACAGUUACAAUUUCUUCACCGGCGAGCCUCCAGUGUGUCUCAGGUUGCCUGCUUCUAAUGACCGGAGAAAUUGUUUGCCGGGGCUGUGGCCGUUCUGUUACACACUCUCCUCCAAUUGUACCUCAAUUACCUCCGCCGCCUCCUCCAUCGCCACCAUUACCACCACCAGUCAGUUCUCCUCCGCCGCCACCCCCUGUUUACUCUCCUCCACCGCCGCCACCUACUCCAACUCCUCCACCGCCACCCCCACCACCCCCAGUCUACUCUCCUCCCCCACCACCUCCGCCUCCACCACCACACCCCACCACCACCACCACUCCUCUCCUCCCGUCCAUUCACCACCACCACCAGUCCACUCUCCACCACCUCCAGUUCAUUCUCCACCGCCACCAGUCCACUCUCCUCCUCCCCCAGUCCAUUCUCCUCCACCACCCGUCCACUCUCCACCACCACCACCACCAGUUUUCUCUCCACCACCUCCGCCACCACCACCAGUCUACUCUCCUCCUCCACCACCCCCACCGCCACCAGUUUACUCUUCUCCUCCACCUCCACCGCCAGUAUAUUCAUCUCCUCCACCACCACCAGCUCCGAUUUAUUGCCCCCGCCCUCCGCCAAUGCCUUGCCCCCGUCCUCCACCACCUCCACAUCACUCACCUCCACCACCGCCACAUUACUCACCUCCACCACCGCCUCACCACUCUCCUCCUCCACCUUACUACUACAGCUCACCACCACCGCCCCACCACUCUUCUCCUCCACCUUACUAUUACAACUCACCACCUCCACCACAUCACUCACCGCCUCCGCCACAUCAGUCACCUCCUCCGCCACCAAUGUAUUCAUACUCAUCUCCACCUCCACCACAUCACUCACCGCCUCCGCCGCCAAUUUAUUCAUACUCCUCUCCACCGCCACCACAUUAUUCCCCACCACCGCCUCCACAUUAUUCCCCACCACCGCCACCUCCUUGUAUCGAACUACCACCUCCUCCUUGCAUAGAGUACUCACCACCUCCUCCACAUUACAGUUCUCCACCGCCACCGUCAGUCCAUUACAGUUCACCGCCUCCACCACCAGUCCAUUACAGCUCUCCACCGCCACCGCCAGUCCACCAUAGUUCACCGUCUCCACCACCGCCAUCUCCUGAAUACGAGGGACCAUUACCACCGGUGAUCGGAGUAUCCUAUGCUUCUCCUCCACCACCACCCUUCUAUUGA